CUAUAAAAUUCCCCACUAUAAAAUGCUGUUGUAAUUUAAUAUUUUUAGUUAUUUUGUAGUUAGCAUAAAGUGUAAGUUAAAAAAUAAACAUAUAGAUAAAAUUAUUAUAAUUAACCUCGUGUUAAUUAUCGGCAAUAAGUACUUGACAGAGAGUAAAUACUACAAAUUUAUCAAGAUGUGUGCAAAAAUGGCAUUCCAGCAUCAAGCUGGCACAGCUAUGGAAUGUUUGAGUAUACCGAUAACGCUUCAAAAAGAAACGGAAAUUGAUGCUCACGGUGAAGAAGUAAUGAAAUGUGGGUUUAAAAUUGGAGGUGGAAUAGACCAAGAUUAUCGGAAGAGUCCUCAAGGCUAUACGGAUAAUGGCAUAUAUGUGACGGAAGUGCAUGAAGGUUCGCCGGCAGCCAGGAGUGGUCUGAGGAUGCAUGAUAAAAUAUUGCAGUGCAAUGGGUAUGACUUUACGAUGGUGACUCAUAAAAAAGCAGUCGGCUAUAUACGAAAGCAUCCUAUAUUAAAUUUAUUAGUGGCACGAAAAGGCGUCACUAGUACCUAAAUUAUUGAAAAGAAGAUGAUACUCGAAAAGCUUUGUGCAGUUAUCAUUAAAAUCCUUCCAUUAGAUGAGAAGAGACAGAAGAAAUGAACUUAAUUUGAAGAUUGUAUAGACGUAUCUUGUUAAUUAUUGUUACCAAUGAUAAAUGAUAAAUCCUAGCCAUUCGAUCGAGAUACUUUCAGUAAAACUCAUCUCAUUCCAAGACUAUAACCAACUCAUUCCAUACGUACUUUUAGACUUGUUUUUUAAUCACCUUAAAUAAUGUAAUAGAUAAAUAGAGAAUUACCAAAAGAACGGGCAAUUUUAAUAAGUUCUGCUGCAUUAAAUUGCUCUGUCCAUUAUAAUAUACACAACCAAAUGUUAAAUUUAAGAGUACUUAUACAUUUUUUACAUAUACAUCAAUAUACUCAACAUUUUUCUGUUUUAAACAUGUUAAUGAACUUGCAUUUUUUUUAUAACUCAUUUAUUCAAUUGUAAUUAAAAAUCGACGAUCAAAAUGCAGUUUAAAUAAAUAGAAUUCAGUAUAACGAAUAUUAAUACUUUUACUGCAAAAAAAAUAAAUUUUUCAUGACCUUAUAUUAUUAUUGAUAAACAAUUUAUAAUUAUUGAUUAAUUAAUAAGGCCAAAUUUUUAUAAAAAGCCUUAAAAAGGCUGACUUUAGAUUUUAUGUAAUGUUAAACAUCGAAUUAAUUGCGACAAUCUUACGAGCCAAAUAAAUAUUCUAAAUGUACUAUA